CUCCGCGCAGGCUUCCGCCAUCCCAGCCGCGCCUCCCCGAACGCUCUCCCCCUCGACCAUGGCGCGCGCGCUCUCUCAGCGCGCGUGUUCCCCCGCGCUGCGUUGGCUCGUUCUAGUGGUGGUGCUGAUGCUGGCGGGGACGGCGGGGACGGCAACUUUGGAGUGCAGAGACGGCAGCACCGAGAAAGUAGUGGUGGUGACGACAUUCCACUAUGACCAAGUCACCUUCCCCGUCAACUUUUAUGUGCAACUCAUGCACCCUUCAGCGCGCCAUCUCUCGUCUAAGCAUCAACAUCGCCGGAAUCUACAAACAAUUCUUCCUCAUGCCCCGGGUGCAGUUGCUUGGAAGAGACAGAGAUGGGAGGAACUCUCAGUUCAGGGUACGCCCUCCCCUGGGUGCACCCGACGACUCCGCGAUAAUCCCGCCAGGUGCCACUCUCAAGUUCAACACCACUGUGGAUCCUGGAGGCUCGUACAACAUCACUGUUAUCGCAGCCGCCUUCUCUUCUUAAGUCAUACUCCUCUUCUCUGGAUCCCCUGCCGUUGGUACCGACCCGUAUCAGACACUUGGAGUACCGUAGUGGCAUUGUACGGUCUAGGCGUAUAGACUAUAAAGCCAGCACAACAUGCAAACGUAUUUUCAUCAGCAUGAACUGUGUCUCAGAGUAACAAAAUUGACUAGAACAGAGGGUACAGGGUUACGGUAGUUUGUACUAGUGUGUUGUACUGUCUUAGAGCAUGCACCCUUCCGUAA